AUGGAGCGUCCCGACCUACAGCGGGUCAAGUCAGAGCCCGUCAACCUACCGCAGUCACAGUCUGCUCCCAUUUCGAGCAAUGUCGAGACAGUUGUUGUUGCGCAGGAGGAGCCUCCGGCUACAACUCCAGAGGGUGGACGAAGCCCCCUGGCACUCAGUCCGCUCUCUCGCAUCUCGUCAGAGGGGAGCAGCUCCUAUCAGGAGGACUGGGAGCCGCUUACACCGGUCGAGAGAGUGACCGUACUCGACUUGCUCGGCAACCUGGCCAUAUCACAGAAGCUGGAGAAGUGGCAGGCCUCGCUCAACGCGCAGAAGGAGAGGGUCAAGCGUCAUCAGGAGAAGUUCAGGUCAACCAGCCAGCAGGCUCGCCAGAGAGUCGUCGGUGAAUUCAAAAAGAGAAUGCCUUCUUCGGAAGAGCAGCUGCAGAAAUACCGAAAGCGGAUGAAGAGCUCGGUCGAACGACUUGCUGUCCGCUGGAACGAUACCGUCACUGUCACGGCUAUAGAGAAGAUUUCGUUUAUUGCCGGUGUGCUCAACGUCUUCAUCAGUGGUUACCUGCUUGGAGCGUUCCCUACCUACUUUUACCUCUGGUUCACCGGCCAGCUCAUCUACUUUAUGCCCCAACGAUACUAUAGAUACUGCAAGAUCGGUUACCAUUACUUCCUUGCGGAUCUGUGUUACUUUGUCAACCUCCUCACCAUCCUUAGCAUGUGGGUGUUCCCCAACUCCAAACGGCUCUUUUUGAGUACGUGGUGUCUGGCAUACGGAAAUAACGCCGUGGCUAUUGCCAUGUGGAGAAACUCGAUGGUUUUUCACAGCAUAGACAAAGUUGUCAGCGCCCCGGGCUCUCCCGAACACUACACACUGGGAGCCAUGAUGAUCUGGGCGUCUGUUCCCUAUGCCAUCUGGCAGUUGAGCUACCACUUCUUCAUCACUGUGCGCCAGAGAGAUAAGAUUGCUGCAGGCCGCCCAACUAGUUUCACCUGGCUGCGUCGAUCCUAUGCUAAAACGUGGAUCGGCAAAUUCGUGCUUCAUCUCUCCCUGCCACUGCAAGAACCAGCCUUCAUGAUGAUCCAGUAUAUAUACGCCAUCCUCACGAUUGUCCCCUGUCCGCUCUGGUUCUGGUACCAGUGGGCAAGCAGUGCCUUCUUGACCGUCAUGUUCAUCUGGAGUAUCUACAACGGAGCCACAUUCUACAUUGACGUGUUUGGAAAGCGGUUCCAGAAGGAACUCGAGCAAUUGAAGAGAGACGUGGCCAAGUGGCAGAUGUCUCCUGAAGCUCUCACGGCCGUUGCUGACCCCCAGGAUCCUGAUGGAAUAAAGGCUGCCUCUCUCACUGGCGUGGUCAUGACAACUCCCAAGCAGCCCUAUGUCGAACCAAGCCAACUCAUCACCAAUCUUGAUCUCAACGCAAAUUCCAAAGCCGCCUCUACCGGCGCCUUGGUCGAUGAACCUGCCUCUCAUAAUACUACAAAUAGACGACCCCAGGAUGCCUCUGUCUAG